AUGGAGCAAUGGCCUAAACCAUUUCUCAGUAGAAAUCUUGAGAGAGGUGACCCAGAGGUGAAGGAGGUUGCUUGUGCUGUUACCCAACAACAAGAUCCUGUUGAACUGUUUAUGCAGCACUACUCAUCUUGGUACCGCUUGAGAAAGGCAACUGCGUGGCUGUUAAGAAUAAAGAGAGCACUCCUUAAGAAGGAAGUAAUCAAGGGAGACAUCACGCUAGCCGAACUUAAGAAUGCAGAGGUCACUCUCAUCGGGUACGUGCAAAGCAAGCAAUAUGUUGAAGAGAUAAAGGCCUUGACAGAUGGAAAAUUGUUGAAGAAGUAG